UUCAGUCCCUUUCUGCACUUUGCUGUGAGUGUAAACUGACUCUACUUACAAGUAAAAACGAACUUUUGAGAGAACUCUAGUAAUUUUGUCCACACUUUCAACAUAAGAUAUACAACAGAAUGAAGAUCUCUGUGAGUUUUACGCUGUGGCUGCUGCUCGGCGCCGUCUCCGCUAAAGAAAGUAACGAUUAUCAGCUGCCUUUUCCUGAAGAUAUCUACGCUGCACUGAGAGAGAUGACCGCCUCGAUGUUUCAACUGAAGGCGGACAUGAGAUUGUUGCAAAGAGAGACUCAAGAACAAGUAGCACAGCUGAAGACUGAAGUGGACAAGCUGAAGCAACAACUGCAAGUCCGACAGAUUGCGUUCUCAGCCUCUCUGAUGGAUGGAGGCCAAGAAGCAACUAUUGGACCCUAUCCCACAACCCCUACCCUGAUCUUCAAACACAUUAUCACCAACAUCGGAAAUGCCUACAACCCAAACUCAGGUGUGUUCACUGCCCCGGUGAGAGGAGCGUACAACUUUGAGUGGACAGUCGCUGCACAUGGAGACGGCAGCCACGCUUCAGCUGCUUGGUUGGUCAGGAACUCAGAGCAUAUUUUCAUUGCAUACGAGCAUGAGACAGUCGGUUUUAUGAGUUCUUCUAAUGGCGCUACAGUGUUGCUGGAGGUGGGAGACGUCGUGUUUGUGCGUCUGGCGGGUAACUGUAGGGUGUAUGACAACGUAAAUCACCACACCACCUUCAGUGGGUCUCUGCUGUUCCCCAUGUGAGA